GCCAACCUGCGCUUCUGGAGGGCGGAGGGGCAGUCUUUCUUCCAGAGGUUUCUCCUCUGGACGGACGCCUUGGAUCCGCUGCUGCUGCUCAAGUCCUCCAAUGAAAUACACAGAACCAGGUUAUCAAUACUAAUCAAUGAGAAGACCCUAAGUGAGCCCAUACAGAAUAAUCAGAUUAAAAAAGACUUCUUGCUAAGCCUGUCCAGUGUACAUCCUGAUACAGACAAGAUAAUUCCUGUUUUGUUUAGACCUCCAGCUUUCAUGCCCGUAACUCUUCCCUUGGUCAUAAUUUCAUCUGUUCAGCGCCACGCAAGGCAUUCUUUUUUUUGGCAGUUUGUGUUUCACACAUACACCACAGCAUUCACUCUGGUAAAUGGAAAUGGCACCCCAAAGGCUCAAGAAUACUCACUUCAGCAAAAGCAGCUCUUGCUUGGCUUGGGAGCCAUUUCCUAUUCAGCCUGUGUUGGUGCUCUCCCUCUUGCCUUCAUGAAUCGUUACAUGUUGAAGAACUCAUUAAUGCACCUUGUGGUCAGAAAACUGCUGCCUGCUCCUCUGCUUGGUCUGACAAGUGCAUUUACCGUGGCGAUGGUGAGAAGCCCAGAAUUUGAUAAUGGGAUAGAAGUGAUGGACAGGAAUGGCAAGGUUAUAGGAGUGUCUAAGAAGGCUGGUGAGAAGGCUGUUAUGGAAACAGCAUUGUCCAGAGCAGUCUUGUUUGGGACAACGUUCUUCCUGCCAGAAGUGCUGAUGCACUGUGUGCAGAGAGCAAGAUUUGUUAAAAAUCCUCGUGCUUUGGGUCCUGUGAGGAUGUUUGUGAUUAUGUCAGUCCUAGCAGGGAUGCUGCCAGUCUCCUUCAGUAUGUUCCCACAGUGUGGGGAGAUAAAGCGAGCAGACCUUGAACCAGAAAUUCUGUCAUCUACAGAAGAAACAGUGUUCUUCUACAACAGGGGCAUUUAGAGCCUGGCUUUUAUACAGAAAUGUGUGCUCUGAUCCAAGUGAAUCCUGAAUGCACCACUGGUAUUUGGGACUGAAUUGUGAUUGUGUGUGGCAAAGGUGCCAGAUCUGGUGUACGAUGGUGAAUUUGGGAACGUGGCUUUGCCAGCCCAGCCUGGAGGCACACAAACACAGCUCAGCUGAUGCUGAGAAGUGCUAGAAAAGCACUGUAACACAGCCUUUGUCACAGCCUGUGUUCUGUGCUUCCUCUGAUGACUGAUUCCUUAAUUAAAUGACUGCUGAGUACCUAAGUUUGUUCUGCUGCUGCAACUUUUGGUGUGCUUCUUUCCAGGAACCCAGCUGGUGAAGGCUUUGACAUCAGCACUCCUGUGGGUAAAGCCCAGCUGGUUCUUCUCAGAACACUUUGAUGUUCUCAGUGAUCUAAAAAUGCUCCUUUUGAGGAUGAGAUGUGAGUGAGGCAGCCCUGGAAGUGAUAUUAGACAAAGCAACCCUGAUGGCAAUAGAAUAUUGGUUUAAUUUAGUUGUUUAAAAAGUGCUCAGGAAAUGGGUGACAAACUUGA